UCACACACCCGACACACGCACACCCCUUCCUCUCUCUCUCUAUAUUAUCUUUCUUUCUCUCUCUACAACUGCACACCAUCACAUUUUUUCAUGGCGCCGGAUCCAAAAAAUGGUUUCUGCUCACAGACCAAGACGUUCCACAGCCUCCGCCCACCUGUCCCUCUCCCUCCACCCACCCAACCCAUCUCCAUCACCGACUACACACUCUCUCUCCUCGUCUCUCCCACCGUUCCGCCGCCGCAAUCUACCGCAUUCCUCAUCGACGCCGCCACCGGCCGGCGCCUCAUCUACGCCGACUUCCUCCACCAAACCCAGACCCUCUCUUCCUCUCUCAAGACCCAUUUCCCCUCUCUCUCUAAAGGCCAGGUCGCCUUCAUUCUCUCUCCUCCCUCUCUCCACCUUCCGGUUCUCUACUUCUCUCUCCUCUCUCUGGGAGUUGUCAUCUCUCCCGCCAAUCCACUCGCUACCGAGUCCGAGUUGGCCCACAUGGUCGGACUCAGUAAAUCAACCAUCGCCUUUGCAACUUCGUCUGCUGCACAUAAGCUCCCGUCUCUCCCCCUCGGCACCGUCCUGGUCGACUCGGCCGAGUUCCACUCAAUGAUGACGAUUCCAACCAAAGACAGAUAUAAUCAAGACCGAGUCAAGGUGAAUCAGUCUGAUUCAGCGGCGAUUCUUUACUCGUCUGGCACAACCGGCCGAGUCAAGGGCGUGGAGUUGACUCACCGGAACUUGAUUGCUCUGAUCGCCGGUUUUUACCAUAACCGAACAGAUCGUGAUGACAGUGUGCCGGUGUCAUUGUUUACGCUGCCAUUGUUUCAUGUGUUCGGAUUCUUUAUGAUGAUCAGGGCAACGGCAUUGGGAGAGACACUGGUUCUGAUGGAGAGGUUUGAUUUCGAAGGGAUGUUGAGGGCGGUGGAGAAGUACAAGAUCACAUACAUGCCCGUGUCGCCACCACUUGUGGUGGCAAUGGCGAAGUUAGAGGUGGUGAAGAAGUACGACCUCAGCUCGCUUGUGCUGCUUGGGUGCGGUGGUGCACCACUAGGGAAGGAGGUUUCGGAGCGGUUCAAUGCUAGAUUCCCCAAUGUUGAGAUAUCUCAGGGAUAUGGUUUGACUGAGAGCGCGGGAGGGGCAACUAGGAUGAUAGGGCCUGAAGAGACUAAGAAGCAAGGAUCUGUUGGCUGCCUUGCUGAGAACAUGGAAGCCAAGAUAGUUGAUCCUGUAACCAGAGAGGCCUUGUAUCCUGGACAGAGAGGGGAACUAUGGUUACGAGGGCCUACAAUCAUGAAAGGUUAUGUUGGAGAUGAUGAAGCAACUGCUGCAACAUUGGAUUCGGAAGGCUGGUUAAAGACUGGUGAUCUCUGUUAUUUCGACUCGGAUGGGUUCCUGUACAUUGUUGAUAGGUUAAAGGAAUUGAUAAAGUAUAAGGCUUAUCAGGUUCCCCCGGUUGAGUUGGAACAUUUACUUCUAUCGAAUCGGGAAAUUGCUGAUGCAGCUGUGAUUCCAUAUCCAGAUGAGGAAGCAGGGGAGAUUCCCAUGGCCUUUAUAGUGAGAAAACCUGGGAGCAGUAUCACUGAGGCUCAAGUUAUCGAUUACAUUGCAAAACAGGUUGCACCAUACAAGAAGAUUCGACGCGUUGCAUUUAUCAACUCUAUUCCAAAAUCUCCGGCGGGAAAGAUCUUGAGAAGGGAGCUGGUCAAUCAUGCUUCUGGAGCUUCAGCAAGAUUAUGAUCCAAGGUAUAUCAGCGAAAAAAAACUUGGUAAUUGCAUAGAAUGAGAAUUCCAUAACGUCCAAUGUUAGAAAUGCCUUUGUCAUCGAUGUGUGCAAAAAUCAUAUGAAGUUCAGAUCACAAGGUGGCCUAAAAAGUCUUCAAAUGAAAUUUUAAGACAAUGGUUAGGUCUGCGACUGCUGUUCCGAAUUCCCUCCCUUCAGAUUCUUAGGUACACCCUUCCUGUAUUUAUAGAUCUGUCAUAUGUUUUGUAAAUCAUUUAUAUGAUGGCACAUUUGUGGACUGAUUGUAAAUUUUCAACACCCAGCUUGGUUUUUUAUUUACCAAGUUAAAUGAAGACUUUUGAGUUUUGACUUCU